GUCACUUGCCCCAAAACCAACUAGUCUAACCUUCUGUCUUUGAAAGAGAGUUCUGAUCUACGACCCAUCUCCUUCGUACCCGAGCCUGAAAUUUAUCUUCCGGACCCGAGCCUCGGAUUUGCUCCUGCGUCCGCCGUUGAAAAUUUUCGUACUCCCUUCGAUCACUUAUCUCUCUUUCUCUCUUCUCCUGGUUUCGUUAAUUAUCGGAUUCGAAAACCCUAACUUAUUCUUAGAAAUUGAGGUCGGAGAAGAAAGCUUGUCAGGCUUUCCAAUUGUUGUCGACGCGACAGAACAAGUAAAACAACGAUUGUUUUAGAUCAAAGGAGACACAAGAUUGAAAUAUUUUUCGUUUCUUUUCGAGGUCCAGAUAUUUAAAAAUAAUUUCUAGAAGCUGAAUCUAUGCCUGGAAACGAAUUUGGAGAGAGGACCCACAAUUUCUUUGGACAGGAGGGCCUAUCCCAAGACCAGCAUCAGUCUCAGGUUGUUGACGGAAGUUGGUCCAGUUUUAGUAAUGGUCUAGUCGGCAACCAGAGGCAGAUAGACCCAUCCCUUACUGCCGAUCUGAAGAGUUAUAGAACACAACAACCUGUUGAUCCUGAAAGAGGGCAAUCUUCAAAUUCACAGCAUGGUUUAAAUUUUACUCAGCAGCCUAUGAGGUCGGAGUACUCCAGAAGUGUAUUACAAGAACCCCAGCAACCCACAAAUGGUUACAUGCAUGGGAAUCUUGGGUUGCAGACGAUGCCGAAUGAGGCAAAUGUUUUGGGAAUGGAUGUAGAGUCGAGUAGGGAUAAGUUGUCAGAGAGAGGAUUCACUCCAGAUCUUCAUAAAAUUCCUACGAGGUUUGAAAUGGGAGAAUCUCCAGUUAAUUAUGAUUUCUUUGGUGGUCAACAACAAUCAAACACACAGCUCCCUGGCAUGCUCCAGCCUUUGCCAAGGCAGCAGGUGUCAUUCAAUGAUAUGCAACUACUGAAGCAGCAAGUUAUGGUUAAGCAAAUGCAUGAAUAUCAAAUGCAACAACAACUUCAAAAGCAACGGCUAGAGGCAAGGCAGCUCAAUUCUUUGAAUAGAAAUGCAGUCAAUGGAAGUUGCGUAAGUGAUAACCAAUCACAUAUGAUUAAUGGCAUCCCUCUUCAGAAUGCGUCUAGUAACUGGUUGCAGCCAGAUCUCAUGACAGGAAAUACAAACUGGAUGCAUCGCGGCAUCUCGCCAGCUGUUCAAGGUUCAUCCAGUGGGCUCAUGAUUACCCCUGACCAUGGGCAGGCGAACUUAAUGGCUCAACAAUUUGAACCUUCCUUGUACGGUAUGCCUGUUAGUGGGACAAAUGCACCUCACAAUGCCUUUUCUUCCAGCCAGAUGAACAGAUUAGCUGCACAGCAUGGUUCUGCAAACAGGACUUCCUCUGUCACUAAUCAACCUACUUCAUUUCUGAAUCAAGGCGAUGUACAGGAUAGUCAUAUGCUCCCUAGAUCCACAUACCCGGAGAAAUUAUUGUUCUCCCAGACAUCAGUUCCAAGUUCAAAUAGUAUGCCCAAUUUUGAAAGUUUACAGGAAGAUGAUUCCCGUGAAAGGAACAUUUCAGUCCAGGCGAAAUUUGGUCAGAUGGAGGGUUCUGGUCCAUCAGAACAAUCAUUUAUUAAAGCGCCUGAAAAUAUAAAUGCAUUGCAGAAGUCAACAGCAUUAGAUCCAACAGAGGAAAAGAUUUUGUUUGGUUCGGAUGACAAUUUGUGGGAGGCAUUUGGAAACAGCACUGAUAUGAGCUUGACAGGAAACCUUAUGUCCAGUAGUUCUGACCUUUUUGAUGGAUGCCCCUCUUUGCAAAGUGGGAGUUGGAGUGCUCUUAUGCAAUCUGCUGUAGCAGAAACAUCCAGUGAUGACGCAGGCGUACAUGAAUGGGCUAAUAACAGUACUGGCCCACAUGCAAAUUUUCAUCGUGGUAAUAUGGCCCAGGAUUUGGGUGCAAAGACUUCAAAUACACUAAGCGGGAGAGUCCACAGUGAUUCUACUCGGACAGCUGUUCAACAUUUGCAAGACAGAGGAAAUAGUGUUGCAGAUAAUGGCCUGCUGGAAAAUUCAAUGGCUCAACGCAAUCUAAUGGCUGAAAAUAUUUUCCAUUCUUCAAGUUCUGGUGUCGAUGGGCAGAACAAUUCGUGUUCUAUUAGAAAGAAUGAGGGUGUUGAGGAUAGACUUGGUAUCUGGAAGGCUGCGUCAAAUCCAAAUUUAGUUGCUCUGAAGGAACAAAAUCCUUCAAUGCAAAGGACAAGCUAUGGAUUUGGCAUUGCUGGUGCAGGAAACGAUUCUAGGCAUUUGGAUAAUAACUCUUUGGAGAAGGCUAUCCCUCAUCUGAAUUCUAGAGACGGCAGUCAGAUUCUUGAGUCAUAUUCGAGUAAUAAUGCUGGAUCAAAUGAAAUGGUAAAUACCCGUGAUUUGUCUACGUUACCUGGUGGGAAAGAAACACAAUCUGGUCAUGUUGGUGUUAGGCCGUCAAUACCUCGCAAAUUUCAGUAUCACCCCAUGGGUAAUAUUGAUGUCACUGAUGAACCUUGUCGAGGAAAAGUUUCUCGUUUUGGGCAGUCACAGUCUCUAGGUCAGCCUGCUAUGAACACUCUAACUGACAAGGGACAUGUUUCACAAAAUGACUUAAAUCGCACAAAUAAGGCUUUUAAAGGCAUGGGUCCAGAAAAUUCACCGAGUACUUCUGCGUCAGCCGACAGGAGUGUUGAUAGGUGUAAUCAAGUGAAUAGUGCUUCGUCAAGGCUUGAGCUUCUUCACAAGGUGGACCCGUCGCCGGAAAAUUCCUCGGAAACAAAUGUUACUGGGAUCCAUGAAGCAAAUGCCUUUGCAGACUAUGGUGGUCAAUUCCGGCAUAAUCAGGCAUCUGCUUCGCAGGGGUUUAAUCUACAGUUGGCACCUCCAUCUCAACUAGCUCCCUCACCUGAUAACAUGCAGUUUUUUCGGAAUUCUUUGCAGCCAUUGAAUUCAUUUCAUACUGGCCCUGAAAAAGGAGGAACAAGUCAGUCCAGGUUUGCUCCGUGGGGAUCUAAUCAAUCUUUUCAUCAAUCCACUCAUCAAGGACCAUUUCCUGGAAUCCUAGGGGGAUCCAACAUGACUUCUGGUUUCCCUUAUUCCAGAGGGUAUCACCAAAAUCAACAGAUGGCUGUUGGUACCCGACAAUCAGCUGCUAUUAAUUCAGUCAAUUCAUCUUCUGAGUUGUCUACCCCUGCAGUGAAAGAAAGAGAUGAAAGUAGUGACUUUGAUCAACGUGGACAUUCAGCUGAAGGAUUUCGUAUGCUGUCUGCUUCUCAGCCUCUGGUGGCAUCCAGCUCGCCUCAGCAGAAUUCCUCUUCUGGUAUGAUGUCUGACCCACCAGCCGGUAUUUCAGCACCACAACUUCGGUUUUGGAACCAGCCCUUGCCUCAGUCAGAUAUUUUACGGCCGCAUCCAUCGCCCGGCAACAACAUGGCAGUUAGCUUCUCAAGGCAGGAGAAGACAAAUCAAUUAUCCUCCCAAAAUGGAGACGUGUCAUUAAGUGGGAGGGACAUAGUGAAUAUGCAUGAGUUACAGAGUAAAGAUAUGGGUGCAAAACAAACAUCUAAUGUUGCUUCAAUGUUCUCCAAAAUGGUGCAGAGCAAUAAUCAAUCCUUUGGUCGCUCUCUUCCUUCAAACAACUUUCCAAAGGAUAGCUUACGUCAUGAUGAACAAAUGGCUGGAAGUGGGGAGGGCGAUGCACCCAAGAUGACUGUGAAGAGAGUUGAGAAUAGUGCUAUUGAUCCUCAAAAGGUAGCUCCCAAAGGGGAGCAACAGUCACCUUCAAAAUCUGAUAGUUUAGUUAGAGAUGGAUUGAAUCACAGGGAAUCAGUGAACCACAUGCCGUAUUUUGGCCAAAAUGUAACUCAGAGUUUCUCGACUAAGAAUCAUUCAGCCUCGGUUGGAGCAGAUCAUCAACAAAUCAGUCCUCAGAUGGCCCCAUCCUGGUAUAGUCAAUAUGGGACUUUUAAGAAUGGACUGGUGCAACCCGUGAAUGAUACUGGGAGAUUCACCCCCUUAAAGAUAGGAGAACAAUCGUCUAAUGUUGGAAGUUCAGUUGAUGGCACACACUCUGUUCAAUUGUCACAGCACUUUAAAAUGCAGCAAAUGUCAGGCUCCACACUAGGAGCAGAGAUUCCCUCAUCUGAGUCAUUGCCUCAUGGUGCAACCGAACAACUUCUGAAGGUUAAUAAACCAAAGAAGCGCAAAACCGCCACAUCAGAACUUAUACCUUGGAAUAAAGAAGUCAUGCAGGGGCACCAGAGGCUUAAGACUCUCGGUGAGGCCGAAGUUGAUUGGGCCAGAGCAACCAAUCGAUUUGCUGAAAAAGUGGAAUUUGAGACUUUACUUGAGGAUAGCCCACCAAUUAAAUCAAAGAGAAGGCUUGUAUAUACAACACAACUCAUGCAACAACUAUGUAGCCCGCCUCCGGCUAGGGUGAUAUCUUUGGUUGCUAGCUCAAAUUAUGAGUUUGUUGCAUAUACUGCCGCAAGAGGUGCACUAGGAGAUGCAUGUAGCUCCAGUAGUACCGACAGGAGUGAGGGCUUUUGGCCCCCCAACAUUUCAAACCCGUUGUCUGAGAGAACGAAAACUGAAAAAAUCAGUGACCAAUACAUCUCCAAAGCAGCUGAAGAUUUCAUUAGUAGAACACGGAAACUAGAGACUGACUUUGCAAGGCUAGAAAAUGGAACUACAAUUCCAGACUUGAGAGUCGAAGUCCAGGAUCUAGAGAAGUUUGCAGUGAUCAAUCGUUUUGCGAAAUUCCACCCACCAUCUAUGGACAGGACCUUGAAUUCAGUUAGGAUAAACCCACAAAGAUAUGUUACGGUAGCUCCAAUGCCUCAGAAUAUUCCAGACAGGGUACAAUGUCUCUCGCUCUAACCAAUGAUGAAUCCCCAUAGAAUUCAGUUUUUGGCCAAUCUUCCCCAUUCAUUGCUUUCAUAUAAUCUCUUGCCCCAAAUCUUUCAUUUUUUUUUUGGGUGGGCACGAGUUAGUUGGUCGGAACCCUGAGAUCAGUGAAGGCCUCCAUUUGUUGAAAAGCCGGAGAUUUUCCUCUAAAUAUGUAGCAUUAUCGUAUGCAUCACCAUAACAUUGUAAGUUAAACCCAUCUGUAAACAGUACUUUAGUAAAGAAAAGUUGUUUAGUACAAAAACCCUGAUGGCCUGAUAGUAUUACAUCAUCACCUCUGGUAUCCUACUUUCGGUUAACAAAGCGUAUCUGACUUUUGUAAUGCAUUAUAUUAUGCAUAUGCCCAACCCUAGUUUAUGUAAAGAAG